AAUUAAAGACGCCAACUUCUAGAAAUUCCGUAUGGAAAAGCCUCCAGGCAGUCAGGCUUCAAUGGACAGGAAGAUGAGAGCAGACGUAUCACAUCUGACGGCUUUCUAUAAGUUUUGUGAGGUUAUUUACAGAAGUUUCAUAUAUUUGCUAGGUUUGGUAUUAGAUAUCUUACAAUCGAGCAAAGACAACUGGUCCUCCGAUACGCAUGAGAGCGUCUGUUGUAAACCAACCAGCGUCAAUUAUCACUUUACAAGAAAAUGCAACUACAAAUGUGGGUUUUGUUUCCAUACUGCCAAGACAUCGUUUGUCCUGCCAAUUGAAGAUGCUAAAAAAGGACUACAGCUGUUGAAACAAGCAGGGAUGGAGAAAAUUAACUUUUCCGGCGGUGAACCGUUUAUCGAAGGUCGACACGGAAAAUUUGUUGGUGAAAUUGUCAGAUAUUGUAAAGAAGAACUUGGACUGAGUGUUAGCAUUGUUUCAAAUGGAAGCCUAAUCAGAGAGGAAUGGUUUAAGAAUUACGGCAUGUACCUAGACAUUCUGGCAAUAUCCUGCGACAGUUUUGAUGAGGAGGUCAAUAUGAUGAUAGGUCGCCAUCAUAACAAAGAAAGACAUUUGGAUAUCGUGAGACGAGUUCGAGAUUGGUGCAAUAAAUAUCACGUGGCAUUUAAGAUCAACACCGUUGUGAAUGUAUACAACAAGAACGAAGAUAUGUCCGAAGCAAUUCAAGAUUUUAACCCUAUUAGAUGGAAAGUUUUCCAGUGUCUGUUAAUUGGGGGAGAAAAUGUCGGAGAGGAAGCGUUAAAAAAUGCAAAAGAAUUUGUCAUUUCUGAUGAGGAAUUCCAGUCGUUUAUAUCGCGUCACGCAAAUGUUAAAUGUCUCGUUCCAGAAUCGAAUGAAAAGAUGCGCAAUUCAUAUUUGAUCCUUGAUGAAUAUAUGCGAUUUCUUGAUAAUACCAACGGGACCAAGAAACCUUCAAAAUCGAUUCUCGAUGUUGGAGUGCAAGAUGCUCUAAACGAUAGUGGUUUUGAUGAACAAAUGUUUUUUAAACGCGGUGGAAAGUAUGUUUGGAGCAAGGGUGAUAUGACUCUUGACUGGUGAUGGUAAUUCAUGCAUCAAUUGUUAUUUGGUCCGCUGUAUAUUUGAUAUUCAAUUUAUACUCAUGGUAACAUUGACAUUAUAGUCAUAUUUAAUUUCUACAACAGCACCCACACUUUUUCACAUGGCAAUCUUGGGUUGACAGUGCAAAAACAUAUGCAUGCAGCACAAAAGUUUUCUUGUCCGAUCCUUUCGUGUGGAUGAUUUUCCUUGAAUUCUUGAAACAUACCUAGUACCACUGGUCUCGUCUUCAUGUUUGUCAUGUCAGUUCACUAUAAGAAAUGCACAUGCAUACAGGUUAUAUCACUCAAAUGUUGUCUGCACGAAUAUGUUUCUCGUCCGUCAUUUAAAACAUGCAAUGCCGGCAUGAGUGAUUGCCUGAAUUAAAUCAGUAUACGCAUGAGGUGCAUAUUGGUAGAUACCUAACACGAAAACAAAAUAAUGAAGUAUAAAAAUUGAAGACAAUCAAGUAAAUACUUUAUCUUCUCUGUAAGAAAUAGCCUCUCUUGAGCCUUUCUUGAUAUUGUUCGCUUAUUCUACGGUUGUAAAUUUCAGCAAAAUUUUGAAUUUGAUCUGAUUUUGAAUAAUUAUACCCCUCAGACCACGCGUCAUGAAGGGAGUGAAGUAUUCUGA